AUGGACAAGGAACUGACAUUCGGCAAGGCGCCAACCCUGGUGGCCAGCGGCGUGACUCUGCUGUUGGCCUAUAUCCUUUUUUUGAGUUUUGUAAAAUCCGAGUCGCUGGAAAAAAAAUUGAAAUCCUUGAAUAUGCCCUUCAUCACUGUGGAGAAUGGCGACAGCAUUGCAGCCCUCACGAAGGGGACAACAAAGUACUGCGAUGAGCCUUUUAUUCUCGCCACGGAAAGUCCCAAAAUUAUUCUGCCGAACGCUUUCUUACAGGAGCUCAAGGAUCUGCCGCAGGAGGUCCUAUCACUGCGCAGAGAGGUGUACGACAAGAUGCAUGGACGAUACACAACUCUGGGCACAGAUCACCCCAUUGGAAUCCAGGCCAUUCGAACCGAUUUGACCAACAACAUCGGCCAGGUCCUACCACAGCUCCAAGAAGAGUCCGUCUACGCCUUGGAGCGAGAAUUUGCCAUAAUUCCAGAGUGGACACAGAUGCCCAUCUAUGGCAAACUCUUGCAACUAAGUGCCCUGGUGAACGGACGAAUGUUUGUUGGUCUCCCGUUGUCCAGGAACCAGGAGUGGAUCGACAUUUCCCUAGGUUAUACAAUGGCUAUGAUACAGAACAUUCGACGCAUCCAGCAGAUCCCCUCGCUCCUCCGCCCUCUUGUAGUUCCUUUUACGUCGGAAAUGAAGGCACUCAAUGCGCUCCAGCGACGCGCUGCCAAAAUCUUGCGUCCACAUUACGAUGCCUUGCUAGCCUCUAAUCGAGACACAGGCGACCGAAAAAAGACUGCCAAUAGCCAGUAUAAUCUCAUUCACUGGAUGCUCAAGCAGAUGAAGAUCCAGCAGACCGGUGACGACUUCAAUCAGUUGGUGCAUGAGCAAUUAUUUGCUGGUUUCGGAUCUAUCCACGCAACGUCGAUCACGAUCGCAAAUGUCGUUCUCGAUCUGGCAGCCAAUCCCCAGUUCAUUGCGCCGCUUCGGGAGGAAAUCGAAGAGGUCCUCGGAGCCGAACCCGGCCAAGUGCUACGGAAGGCUAGUCUACCAAAGUUUCGCAAAAUGGAUAGUCUUUUUCGAGAGAGUCAGCGAAUGAACCCAGGGAACUUGAUUGGAUGGGGUCGUCGUGUUGUCGCCAAGGAGGGCAUCAAGCUCAGUAAUGGCCAGACAUUACCAGGGAACGUGUCUAUUGGAUUCAUGCAUCCAUUUGCACCAUAUGUGCAGCCCCCUCCAAAUCUGAAAACUCCACUCGACUAUGACCCGAGUCAACCGCCACUGGACAAAUUCUACCCAUUCAGGUCCUCCGAUAUGCGCGACUUGCCUGGGCAGGAAAAUGCACACCAGUUUACACAGACGGGUAAUGACAAUCUGAACUUUGGUCACGGCGCUAUGUCCUGUCCAGGUCGAUUCUUUGCUUCUGCAGAGGCCAAGUGCAUAAUGAUUGAGUUCCUUAGGAGAUAUGAUGUAGCACUUGGUGCUAACGGCGAAGGUGAGAAUGGACCAAAUAAUCUGAAGCGGCCUAAGAAUAUUGUGAUGCCUGGUAGUAUGCAGGUGGUGCCUAACUUUACUCAGCCAAUUUACUUCAAGCAGCUUCCAGAGUUACUAUGUUCUUAG